AUGGAUUCACAACUUGAUUUAGUUCAGAAAGUUCGACACAUUACAGAAACUGCAACAGUUCAAGGCGUUCCAUCUUUUCCUACCGGUGUACCAUUUACUUUUGUUGAACAUUAUAUUUACUUGGUUCGAGAGACAGCAAUUGCUUUUGGCAUAUUUUGUGGUGUCAUUGUUGUUGCUGGGCUGAUAUUAUUUUCUUCCCCUAUUACUGUCCUGCUCUUAGUUGUAAUCGGUGCAGUAGGUGGUACAUGUUCUGCUAUCAUUGGUUUGGUUUUACUAGAUUUGGCUUUAAAUCCUAUUUCUGCUUGUUUGUUAUUAUUGUCUGGAGGUUUGGGUGCUAGAAUUUCAGCUGGUUUUCUUGGAUUAUGGCCUGUAUCUCAUUUGUAUAUGGAUUCAUCACCAAGUCGAUCAACUCGUAAAUUAUGUCUAUGUCAAUCUAAUUUGUCAUAUGGAUGUCCUUCUGAUGCAGGUCAGUUUUGUGCACACGUUGAGAGUGGGAAGCGUGAGCCUAAACAAGUUAUAUUGUCUGAAUCACCAUCAUCUGUACACAAAACAAUCACUAAUAUAUCUAAACGUCGUCAACUUGUUAGAGCUCAAAUUGUGCGUAUACUGAUUAAUCACUUUACUCCAGCUUUUCAUGCUACGGUGGGACUUUUGUUAGCAUUAUCUUUACUGGUUGCAGCACGUGUUCAGUUUAUUGCUGAUUACUUCUUUCGUCUCAUCGUUAUUGUCAGCUUCAUCUGUUUAUUCAAUGCUGUGUGUUUCAUACCGACUAUAUGUUAUCUGAUUGGUCCUUUACACAGUCGAUUCAUAGUUGGUGGACGACGUAGUAUAUCAAACAAUUCUACUCCAUACAAAUCUUCAUUGAAAUCAGAUAGUCACUUGACUGAGGAUAAACAUAUUCACCAAUAUCUCAAGUCUGCUGCUACUUCCUCUAGAGUAAAUGGCAAUCAAGAACAUCAGCAAAUCAAUGUAAUAAAUGAUUCUCAGUCUUCUUUUUCAAGUUCAUCAUCUUCUAAUAUGUCGCCAAAUUCGUCUUCACCUAGUUCAUCUCGCUCAUCCAGUUCAUAUAGUCAGUCAGAAUUCAAUCCUACUGAUGAAAUUAAUCAGAAUACAAAACCGUACUGUAAAACAGAAUCAUCCUAUAAAGAAUGUACCUAUUCAGGUUUGAGAGAGUCAAAUAAGGAUAUCGUACAUCAUAGCCUGAAAUAUCCAAGUCAUCAUUCAAUGUGGAUGAAUUCUACAUCUGAACAGUGUUCAUCAGAUGCAGCUGCCACCGCAGCAGCGGCUGCAGUGGUUGUCGCGGCAGCAGCAGCAGCGUCUGUUCGAUCUAGACCACCUAGUUUAAGCACUAUUUCAGAAGAACCUUCUCAUUCCAACUCAACUGUGAGUUUGAAUCACACUACUCCAUCUAAUACUGGACAGGUAUCUGCAAGUAAUAGCAGCAGUAGUAGUAAUACUGGCUUUUUACCAACUACAGAAAAUGCAAAUAUCCCAUCAAACCCUACUUCACCAUCUAAAUGUGUUCAUCAUUCAGUCAAACAUGAUUUGACUCUUCACAAUUUGCCACUAAGUCUUGUAUCUUCGGUUGAUUUUAUCACAAUGAGUAAACUUUUGAAUCCAAAUAUAUCAGCUAAUGAAAUUUGCGAAAGUUUAUAUAGUUCUAUUAUAUCUCCCGUUUCUUCUAACAGUCAUACAUCAGCAAGAAGUAAUCGAGGCAGCAAAAGCAAAGAGUUUGUUUUAAACCCAGAUGUAGCGUGUUCAUUAUUAGCUGCUGUAACAGCAACUAAUUGUAAGGCCGCAUAUAAAAAAGUUGGAGAAUUAUCUUGCGACGGUCAAGCUGAGAAUACUCCACCACCACCUUAUUCUAGUGUGAUUAGUCAACCAUAUUCUAAUGACUCUGACAAAUGUUCAAAGUAUGUACUGCCUAAAUCAUAUCGGCAAAAGUUGUGUACAUUAUCCGAUACACAAACCCACCUACCAGACAAAAAGACCUCACUGAAAUCACAUGGGAGUAGUCACAGCAUACAUAAAUAUAAUUCUCAGUCACCUAUUCCAGGUAAUAUUCGUCGGUCCAAUUCUUAUGCUACCUCAUCAUUAUCAUCCAAAACCUGUGAACCUGAUGAUCAUCAGGUGAAAAAGAAGACUGUACCGACCGAACUUUCCUCUUAUUCAACUCACAUAAAACAGAGUGCACCAAUCGAUUCAAAUUCAGUCUCUAAACUUUCACAAUUACCUCUUACCGGUUCGUCUUCAUCAACUGCGAAUUCGAAUGUAAAUAUGCGUCAAAUUUAUCAUCAUUAUAAGCAAGGUUCUCCUGAUUUCUCAAAUACUCAGUGUACUACAGAGUGUAUAAACAAAAGUAACACUAGUUAUGGUUAUAACAUCAGUUAUAUUCACCGUCAGCAAAGUACUAGUCACAGUUCACCAUUAACUACGCAUUCAAAUAGUCAGAAGAAGAAACAACACAAUGUUCAGAUUCAAUAA